CUCCCGGUUUAGCAGAGGAAAUUCAGUAUGAGAGUAACUUUCACCUUUAACAGGGAUAUUUUUGGCUGGCACAUGGAGCCCAUUUAAGCUUGUGUCUAUGAGGAUCUAUAAGAAGAUAUUUGAUAAUCAAUAUUGUUAAUAGGCUCGUCGUUAUCAGAAGACUAGAAAGUGACAGCAUAUGGAAUGAUGAAUGGAGCGCAAAUUUAAAUACCAUCAAAUAUUGUCAUUCCCGUCUCGGAUCUCGUUGGAGGCAGUUGACGAGAGCUGCUCCCGUGCUUCAAUACUCUGCUUAUUGUGAGGAGCAUAACAAGAAAAGUAUCAUUUGUCAUGUCACAAUCUAGGGGUCCUAGAUGACGCCAAAGAAAGAAACUUCAAGAAUGAUGAGGUUAUCGCAACUUAGUAUGUAUGUGACCGUGUACUUAUGUCUUUGUCUAAUUGUUAAUGUAGCUUUAGUGGUUUUCUUCAUGACGGAACAUAAACAAAGGAAGAAUCAACCACAAGCUGCUCUAGCUUCACCAGGAGUUUCAUCUUCACAAAUCACUGAAGAGCUACAUCUGCCAAAUGGACAAAUCUUGGGGUGCUCCAAUCUUCAUGCGGUUACAAAUCUUACAGUGAUUGGUGCUGGGUGGACCAAAGCUGUAUACAAAGCUUAUUACAAAGAUCGAUGGGUGGCUAUAAAAACUGUGCACACUGGAGGCCAUGAUAUGACAAAUUGCCAUACAGAUGUGAGUGUCUGCUAUCAACAGUGUGCUUCAAAGAUUCUUAAGGAGAGUUUACUUCUCCAACAACUUGCUCAUUCAAACGUGGUAAAGGUUCUUGGUGAAUGUGAUCCUGGUGUUGAUUAUUCUCCUGGUCCUCCUGUUGUUGGCUUAGUAUCAAUUGUAACUGAACUUGGCCAGCCUUUAGAUGUCAUAAAGAUUCUUCAGAUGAGCUUUGAAAAUAGACUGCAAUUGGCCUAUGAUGUAGGAAAGAUACUUCAGCAUUUAGCAGCUUCGCCUUUAGGACCAUUGCUCAUGAAAGACUUCAGAAGACAACAAUUUGUAGUAGUUGAUGGAGCUUUGAAGCUGUCUGAUGUAGAUGAUUUAGUAAUAGGUGAUCCUCAUUGCACCAGAGAUGAUGAAUGUGUUAUGAUAGAUGAUAACACAGGCAGCACAAUUGUCAAUUUAACCUGUCAGGCUGGUAUAUGUAGAGGAUUCAAUAGUCGCCUCAAUGCUGUGUAUGCUGGAAGGCAUUUUAUUCGUUUGUUAAUUCCAUAUGGAUGCCCAGAGCCACUAGAAGCAGGGGCUAUAGAUAUAGUGAAUCAGCAAUUAUCAGGAACAUUGAGUUCUGAAGAUGUAUAUUUUCGAGUCCAUCAGUUGGUGAAGAUCUACUCCAGUGGUGCAUAUCUGACUGAAUUUGACAAGAGGUUCAUUAGUGAUUAUACCAUUCAUCCUGGAGUUACAAUAGAGAAUUCAGACUUUCCUUGCCUCAAGACUGUCAUUUCUACUGGUUGUGUUCAAUCAGUUUCUUCCCCUUCAGAAGGUGCAUGGUUGUGUUCUCAGAUGUCAUCAUGUCAAGCAUUCAUCAUAAAUGAUGAUUAUACUUGGACAGGUCGACAAGUUGCUGUGUUCAAGUCCUCGGUAUCUAAACUCAAAGAAAGUAAACAUCAAACCCUAUACAUAUGCCGUGGUCAAGGUUGAGCCCAAUAGACAGUACAGUAAUGUAUAUAUAAAUAUACCAAAGGUUAUCAAUAAGUUUACAAAUUACUAUGCUAAUUUGUAAUCACAUUCCUCAGUAUGAUACUGUGUAAUACUUUUCACAUCCCUUUACAUUUUGCAAUACUGCUACCUAUUUUUCAGGGCAGAGUUAGAUUUUCUGUAUUAUUCAAAAUAUUUCAGUUUGUCACAAU